ACUAACGCACAGCAGAGAGCUUCUGUGGUGUAAAGAGCAAAUGGAGAGAGGCCCGUGACACAAUGUCCAUUUGUCUUUCUUAAUCUAUGCUUCCAGGUCAAGAGGAGUGUAUAAAUGCUGAGCGCAUAGUCGACUGGAAAUGUUUAAUUCCCCGUCAUCCUACUCGGGAGUGUCUUUGUGGGAUGUCUGAAGGUGCUGGUUCAAGCUGAACACGCUUGAUAUUCACCUCAGCUUGCCAUGAUGCAUGCUUGGCAAGCACCUGUUAAACCGGGAAGAACAAGGACACGCAGAUGUGGACCACCCAAAAGCUGAAAAGGCUAACAUUUCUUUUGCUUCAGAAUGCGGCUGAUAAAGUCGUUUCUGGGGGGACCCAACUGAAUCUUACAGCGUGAGAAAUUAGAUGAAGCCUGUGGUUGUUCAGGAUGUCAGAAUUCAAAAGCUGAAUGCUUUCCGCUUUUGUUUUUAAGGUGAGGACCGGGUUUAGCGGCAGUCUUAUUCCUCACCUGUUGCGGUGGCUGGCCGAGCAUAUCUAUAUAAUUUGGGAUGUCUAAUUGCUCUUUUAGGACGUUUAUGCUCUUGCCACUGUGUAAUUUUAUCCACGCCGCUGUCUCUCACUUCACACAGGGCCGAUACCUUUUUGUCUGCCCUUUUCCUUUGUAUCAAUUGGUUGGAGUUCAGCCUAUUGUCGCCACAAGCUUCUUUUAUAUCUGCGCUCACUCUGAGCAGAGGCGCUCAGUCGGGUCCACGGGAGGGCUUUUCAGCUGCAGAGGCGAGGAUUCCACCUCGGAGGCGGGUGUGCUGUCAGAGCUGCCUGUGGUGCUCGGAUGCGCGCAGGGCUGAAGCUCUUCGGCUGUGUUAAGACCCCUUAAAUCACUUUAAUGGGACCCCGAGUGUUGGGCAGGAAUUCUGCUGUUUUUUGCUACAGUCGUCGCUUCCCGGCCAUGCCACAAUGCUGGUGAUAGCUCUGCUGCUGUUGCUGAGCCUGUGGGACCCGGUUAGUCCACGGCCCCGCUGCGCUUCGGGCCAGGCUUGCGACCCCCGGCAUCGGAGAGACGCCGGGGGGCGCGGAGGAGUGUAUGAACACCUCGGAGGAGCGCCGAGACGCAGGAAACUUUACUGCGCUACCAAAUAUCAUCUGCAGAUCCAUCCUAACGGCAAAAUAGAUGGCUCGCUGGAUGAAAACAACCCGCUCAGCAUCAUGGAAAUCACAGCAGUGGACGUUGGUGUUGUGGCCAUAAAGGGGCUCUUCUCUGGGAGAUAUCUGGCCAUGAAUGAUAAAGGACGGCUGUAUGCAUCGGAAGUGUUCAACAAAGAGUGUGAGUUUGUGGAGCGAAUCCACGAGCUGGGGUACAACACCUACGCCUCCCGCCACCACUCCACAGAGCACCCUGCUGCACCGGGAGGCGGCGGCAGCAGCAAGCGCCGGGCCAGCGCCAAGAGACAGUGGUACGUUUCCAUCAACGGCAAAGGGCGGCCACGGCGAGGCUUUAAAACCCGAAGCACGGACAAAGCCUCGCUCUUUCUGCCUAGGGUGCUUGGUAACAAAGACCAUGAAAUGGUGAAGCGGCUGAGGGAGAGUCCGGGGCCACAUCACCCUGCCCAUCACCACAGCCGCCGUGCUGAGCGCCGGAGACGCCGGCAUCGCGCUGGGAAAGGCUGGGCCUGACAGCCACACGUGUCGGCAGACAGUUGGAGGACAGUCUGUGAUUUGCCCAAAUAUGGACCUUAAUCCUGCCACAUACUGUAGCUUGACAGCAAUGGAGGAUGUGGAUGAAUGAUUUGGGUUCUUCCUCUGGAUCAGUGGAAGUUUUUGUUCACAGAAGACUUGAAGUGCUGUGGCUCAGACUAAAUGCUCCAGCUUGAGGAGACUCGCACACCCCCAGCCUUAGAAUUAGCUGUUUACUGACUCCAUGCGUCUUCAAACUGCUGCCGUCUUGUAAGCAAAGGUGUUCGUAAGUUCACCAUCAACUUCACACAGAAGAAAAACCUUUGAAACGUGGUUGUGUUUUUGUAAAUAUUAUUGGCAUGUACAGCAGCUUUAGAGCUUUUCAUUUAUCAAAAGCUGAGAUAACAAAGACAAAAUCGUAUUUUGCUGAAGCGCUACCAAACAAAAAGGACACUGAAGAGCAGACAUCACAGAGAGAGGCACUUUUCACAGUAUGACGCAAAGAUCAAAUCAGACUAACUGCUCACUAGCUGUAUGACGUUCUUACAAUGUGGUGGUCUACUGUUUAGAAAGUGAAAUAUUUUACUAAAUCUAUGGAUAUUUAUUUGGUUCCUGUGUUGUAAGUUAUUGAUAUAACUAUUUCUGCAUUAUAGCCAUUGUGCUGUUGUUUCUUAGUGUCCACUGAUUCCAACAUAAAACACAAUCCAGCAGUUCUAUCAUCUGUUCAUCAGAAAUGUCUCUGAGAAAUGUGUUUGUACCUGAAUCUGAUGCAGCUGAUGCAGCUGUGGACACCAUGCAAAUGUUUUGGGAUUUAUUUUAGUUUUUUAUUGCUUCGAAAAUUUUAUUUAUAUAAGAUGUCCUAUUUUUAUAUGUGGAAAACCUAAAAAGCAAAAUGUUCGUUUUUAUUGGCCACAGAUCUUUGAAGGCAGCAAUGUCUGAAAUGCACAGUAGGAACUUCUGACAGGUGGUGUAAAACAGCAGGAUAUUAGCCCAGACCCAAGUAGCUAAUGUUGUUUUGGAGGAUUCUCUUUGAAAUUAAAGCUCAGAUUUGUAUUUCAUUUUUAGCUGUACACACGGCAGUCUGUCCGUCCCUCUCUCCCUGCUGCAGUAUCCGCACGCUACCAUAACAGGAACAAGUACAGCAAACUUUUAUUUCAAGGACUUUUUCAGAUUUUCAGGUUUUAUCACACUUGACUCACAUCUGUCGGUAGCUACGUAUAAAGCCUUGUCAUUCUAUACCUGUAGGCACGGAAGGUUUCCUGGCCAGGACAAUACCUCCUCCCAGGGGGGCUUGGAAGCAAUGCCGCCUGAGACAUUUGGCCUUUUUUUAAGACCAAAAGCUGCAUAGCUGAUAAGCAAGGCUGGCCCUUCUCAGAGCAGAAACUGUGUCAUAGAAAGUGCAACACCUUGCUGUGGUUUGUCAUAAACUCUAACAUUACUCAUCAGGAAUGUUGGGCUUCAGUGAGGUCAGGGCCUAUUGUGGCCCCUGCCCCUCCCUGAAUACUUUUAACAAAAGUUAUCUCCUCAGCCUCCUCUGAUGUGUCCUUUCCAUCCAUGUAAAUCUGUGUUCUCCUACUAAACUUUAUCAGACAGCCUACAGCAGUUGUGUUUAUUUGCAACGUCUACGGGCAUGAUGGGGGGAAUGGAUAAGUAUUUACACAAUAGCUAGAUGAUUUUAAGCCCAUCUUUUUAGAUGGGCAUGUUCACUAAAUCUGGAAAUUAUGGGACACAGUUCCUCCUUCUAGGUGUAAAUAAUGUGUUUCUUUCAGAAAUUAUAUAUGAUUAGUUAUUACAGUAAAAACAACAAAAAUAAACACUGUUUAAAAUGAUUACUCUGCCCACUGCAAAUG